AUGAAACGAGGAGGAAGAGAUAGUGGCCAUGAUUCAUCAGAAGAAGGUACUGCCGAGAAAUCCAAAAGACUGCGGACUACAAGUGAGCAUUCUCAGACUUGUGAUUGGGGUAAUCUCCUUCAGGACAUUGUUCUCCAAGUAUUUAAGUAUUUGCCUCUUCUUGACCGGGCUCAUGCUUCACAAGUUUGCCGCAACUGGAACCAGGUAUUUCACAUGCCUGACUUGUGGAGAUGUUUUGAAUUUGAACUGAAUCAGCCAGCUACAUCUUAUUUGAAAGCUACACAUCCAGAGCUGAUCAAACAGAUUAUUAAAAGACAUUCAAAUCAUCUACAGUACGUCAGCUUCAAGGUGGACAGCAGCAAAGAGUCAGCUGAGGCAGCUUGUGAUAUAUUAUCACAGCUUGUGAACUGCUCUUUAAAAACACUCGGACUUAUUUCAACUGCUCGGCCAAGCUUUAUGGAUUUACCAAAGUCUCACUUCAUCUCUGCACUGACAGUUGUGUUUGUAAACUCCAAAUCCUUGUCCUCACUGAAGAUAGAUGACACGCCAGUAGAUGAUCCCUCCCUCAAAGUCCUAGUGGCCAACAACAGCGAUACGCUCAAGCUGCUGAAAAUGAGCAGCUGUCCUCAUGUCUCUCCAGCAGGUAUCCUGUGUGUGGCUGAUCAGUGUCAUGGCUUACGUGAACUGGCCCUGAAUUACCACUUGUUAAGUGAUGAAUUACUGCUUGCUUUAUCUUCUGAAAAACAUGUUCGAUUAGAACAUUUGCGCAUUGACGUAGUCAGUGAGAAUCCGGGACAGACUCACUUCCAUACCAUUCAGAAGAGCAGCUGGGAUGCUUUCAUCAGACAUUCACCCAAAGUGAACUUAGUGAUGUAUUUUUUUUUAUAUGAAGAGGAAUUUGAUCCAUUCUUUCGGUAUGAAAUACCUGCCACCCAUCUUUACUUUGGGAGAUCAGUAAGCAAAGAUGUGCUUGGGCGUGUGGGAAUGACAUGCCCUAGACUAGUUGAACUAGUAGUGUGUGCUAAUGGAUUACGGCCACUUGAUGAAGAGUUAAUUCGCAUUGCAGAACGUUGUAAAAAUUUGUCAGCUAUUGGACUAGGGGAAUGUGAAGUCUCAUGUAGUGCCUUUGUUGAGUUUGUGAAGAUGUGUGGUGGCCGCCUGUCACAAUUAUCCAUUAUGGAAGAAGUAUUAAUUCCUGACCAAAAGUAUAGUUUGGAGCAGAUUCACUGGGAAGUGUCUAAGCAUCUUGGCAGAGUAUGGUUUCCAGACAUGAUGCCCACUUGGUAA